AUGAAAGACAUUGCCUUCCUGUCUGGUGGCCGGGGAAAGGACAAUGCCUGGAUCAUUACAUUUCCUGAAAAUUGUAACUUCAGAUUCAUACCAGAGGAUGUAAUUGCAAAAGUGCUCAAUUACUUGACAUCUCUUGCAAGGCAAAGUGGAUCUGACUCCCAUUUUACUAUUGUUCUGGAUCGAAGACUAGAUACAUGGUCUUCCCUCAAAAUUUCCCUCCAGAAAAUCUCAGCCUCUUUUCCUGGGAGCUUACACUUAGUCCUGGUUUUACGUCCUACCAGUUUUAUUCAGCGGACUUUCACAGACAUUGGAUUUCGAUUUAGCCAGGAGGAUUUUUUGCUGAAAUUACCAGUUGUUGUGCUGAGCUCAGUUAGUGAUUUGCUGACAUACAUUGAUGACAAGCAAUUAACCCCUGAGUUAGGCGGCACCUUGCAGUACUGCCACAGUGAAUGGAUCAUCUUCAGAAAUGCCAUUGAAAAGUUUGCUGUCACAGUGAAAGAAAUGGCUCAGAUGUUGCAAUCCUUUGGAAUAGAACUGGCUGAAACAGACCUACCAAACGAUAUUCCUUCAAUAGAAGAGAUUCUGGCAGUUCGUGCUGAAAGGUAUCAUUUGUUGAAGAAUGACUUAACAGCUGUAACCAAAGAAGGAAAAGUUCUGCUCACAAACCUGCAAGUGCCUAACACUGAAGAAAAUGUCAGUUCAAGUCUUGAGUGCCCUCAGCAAAUAAGUGGUGACUGGCAAACUAUUAAUAAGUUGCUGGUUCAAGUGCAUGAUAUGGAAACUGCGUUUGAUGGAUUUUGGGAAAAACACCAACUAAAAAUGGAGCAGUACCUACAACUGUGGAAGUUUGAGCGAGAAUUUCAAGAGAUUGUGACUCAAUUUGAAAUUUUAUUAGAUCAACAAAGAGAACUGGGUGAUGUAACAGGGAACUUAGCUCAAGUAAAACAGCAACUUAAAAAAAUAGAGAUCUUGGAUGAAAAAUCUCAGGAACUGUUAGUGAAGGCCCGGCUUGUGAUACUACAUGGCCACAAGCUUGCAUCGAAUCACCACUAUGCACUUGAUUUAAUCUGUCAGAGGUGCAAUGAGCUACGCUACCUUUCUGAUGUUUUAGUUAAUGAGAUCAGAGCAAAGUGGAUGCAGCUCAGCAGGACUUUCAAAAUGCACAAACUCCUACAGCAGGCACGUCAGUGCUGUGAUCAAGGGGAAUGCCUCCUGGCUAAUCAGGGAGCAGAUAAGUUUCAGACUAAAGAAGAAGCUCAGAAAGCCCUUCAUGAUGUAGAGAAGUUUCUUCAAAUGGCUGUGCCUUUCAUCAGUUAUGAUAUUGAAAACCUGCAAUAUGAAUUUGAUGUGCUUUUAUCUCCUGAACUCAAGGCUCAAAUGCAGAAUGUACAACUCAAGCUUGAAAAUAUUCGAAGUAUAUUUGAGAACCAACAGGCAGGUUCUAAGAACCUGAAAGAUAGUCCUGAGAGGCCAGUUCAGUGUGUGAUUCCUGCACCUGAAAAUUUGAUGAGACCAAGAGCAAUGUUCUUUUCACCUAAACAUGUGGGAAUUGGAUAUUCUUUCUUUCAAGCAUGUAAACUUUUUUCAAAAGUAAAGCAAUCUUGGAGAAAGACUCAUACUCAGAGCAACAUAAAAAUUGAAGUUAUUCAGGACAGCCAAGAGAAGAGGGAUUCUGAGCAGUCUCCCAGACUGGACAAUAGCUUGGAUAUUUUAAAGAAUCAUGUCGUGAAUGAGCUGAUAGAGUCAGAGAGGGCAUAUGUUCAAGAGCUGUUUACUGUUCUAUUGGGCUACCGAUCUGAGAUGGACAAUCCGCAGAUGUUUGAUCUUAUGCCACCUCUCCUGAGAAAUAAAAAGGAUGUUCUCUUUGGAAAUAUGGCAGAAAUAUAUGAAUUCCAUAACAACAUUUUCAUGAGCAGCCUGGAAGAUUGCUCUAAUGCUCCAGAAAGAGUGGGACCUUGCUUCCUGGAAAGGAAGGAUGAUUUUCAGAUUUAUGCCAAGUACUGUCAGAAUAAACCCAGGUCGGAGUUAAUUUGGAGGAAGUAUUCAGAAUGUGCCUUUUUCCAGGAAUGUCAAAGAAAAUUAAAACAUCGACUUGGUCUUGAUUCCUAUUUGCUCAAACCAGUUCAACGAAUCACUAAGUACCAGUUGCUUUUAAAGGAGCUUUUAAAGUACAGCAAAGAAGGAGAAGGAACGAAUAAAUUAAAGGAGGCACUUGAUACAAUGCUGGACUUACUGAAGUCAGUGAAUGACUCCAUGCAUCAGAUUGCAAUCGAUGGCUAUAUUGGAAAUCUGAAUGAGCUGGGCAAGAUGGUUUUGCAAGGUGCAUUCAGUGUUUGGCUGGGACACCGGAAAGGUGCUACAAAAAUGAAGGAUUUUGCAAGAUUCAAACCCAUGCAGAGACAUCUUUUCUUGUAUGAAAAAGCUGUUAUGUUUUGUAAGAGGCGGGUUGAAUCUGGAGAAAGUGCUUAUAGAUACCCAUCAUACAGUUUUAAGCACUGCCUAAACAUGGAAGAAGUUGGAAUCACAGAAAACGUGAAAGGUGAUAACCGCAAGUUUGAAAUACGGUAUGGUGAGAAGGAAGAAAUUUACAUUGUUCAGGCUCCAACUAUUGAUGUGAAGCUGUUAUGGUUAAAAGAAAUAAGAAAAAUUCUGUUGAAGCCGCAGGAACUUUUGGCUGCCCAAAACCAGCAGGAUCAGCCAAAAGAACAGGAUCAACUUUCUUCUCAGCAGGGGAAUACUGAAAAGCAAGAGGAAACUCUUAUAAAUGCUGUUGAAGGAGGAACAGAAGUGGAACAAGACAGUACCAUGGUAGAAUUCAGGGAGACAGUUGUACCAUUUCAGGCAGAAGCAAAUUCCACAGCUUGGAUUGAGAUGCCACCAUCUUCAGAAGGCGCUGCAGCAGUGGAAUGUUCAAACAACUAUUUGUGCCCUGCUUACAAUGACAGUGGAGAAGAUAGGACACAAAUGACAUCUGUGUCAGAGGUGACUUUGCUACUUUAAAGAAGUUACUGUGUCAACUGGCAAGUCGCUCUUGUCUGCCUGCUUCUCAGCCCAUGUGGAAUAAAAAAAAAUCACUCAAAAGACUUUUAGCCAAAAUGAUGGGAUUGUUUUUCAGAUUAAUAUAUUUGAACAUUGCAAAGAACCAACACUUUUUUCUUUUCAUUUAAAAGCAUUUUACUUGUAGUACUUUUUAUUACUUAAAUUGCGUACUUAAGUGUGUAAGACAUUGUGCCACAUAAAAUCUCAUCUCAUAAUAAUUUUGACUUGAAAAUUGUUUUCUUCUCUGUCUUCUUUGUAGCAAAAUGCAAGCAGCGUGCCUUGAAUUAUUUAGAUUAUUAUUGAUUAAGUUAAACUUAAGGCUGUAGAAUAGUUAAGGCCAAGGGAAGCACAACAUCAUGAUUUAAUUUGCUUUUUAGACCUAGUGCUCCUUUUAACUUACGCAAGAUGACAGCAGAGUUCAGAAGUCCUGGGGGCUGAGGAACAUUAGUAAAUUCUCUUCAGGGCUAUUCCCUUUUCUAUGUGCAAAGAUGAACUUUUCCUGAGAGUAGUUUACAAAUUGUAUUUGAAAUGUAAUGUUUUCCUGCUUGUUUCUUUUUCUGAAUUUAUGCUUAUAAUUCAUGUCGCAAGUUAGUUAUGCCCUAUUACCUUCUGUACAUUUCAUGCUGUAACUCUUCUU